CGCGCUCCCUCCCUCACGCCCCGCCGCCAUCUUGCCCGCGGAGAACUGGAGGGGCUGAGCUCCGCCGCCGCCUCUGCCUCUCCCUCUGCCUCACCCCCUCCUUCCCCUCCGGCCGGGCCGCCUUCUCCCGGGGCCGGGGGGCCGGAGCCGGCAGGAGAAUUAUUAAUCUCAAAGAAUGACAGCAGCUGCUUCAGCAAGUGGAUUCAUUGUGCAAGAGGUCAUUAUUUACAGCUGCCAGCUUUAUUGAACUCUUCCUUACGUUACAUCCCUAUUUUCUUUUAGAAGUGGAAAAACAACUUAGGGUUGAUGUUUUGUGUGUCAUCAACUGAAAUUGGGGCCAUCAUGAAUAUCACCAAGGGUGGGCUGGUGCUGUUUUCAGCUAAUUCCAAUUCAUCGUGCAUGGAACUGUCCAAGAGGAUUGCUGAGCGCCUGGGAGUUGAGAUGGGGAAGGUUCAGGUUUAUCAGGAGCCAAACAGAGAAACAAGAGUGCAGAUUCAGGAGUCUGUGAGAGGAAAGGAUGUGUUUAUCAUCCAAACAGUUUCAAAGGAUGUGAACACUACGAUCAUGGAGCUCCUCAUCAUGGUGUAUGCCUGUAAAACCUCCUGUGCCAAAAGCAUCAUUGGAGUGAUCCCUUACUUCCCAUACAGCAAACAGUGCAAGAUGAGGAAAAGGGGCUCCAUUGUCUCAAAGUUACUGGCCUCAAUGAUGUGCAAAGCUGGACUAACUCAUCUUAUUACCAUGGAUCUACAUCAGAAGGAAAUUCAGGGCUUCUUCAACAUUCCAGUUGAUAACUUGAGAGCAUCCCCAUUUUUACUGCAGUACAUCCAAGAAGAGAUACCAGACUACAGGAAUGCUGUAAUUGUGGCCAAAUCUCCUGCGUCUGCAAAGAGGGCACAGUCGUUCGCUGAGCGCCUGCGGUUGGGGAUCGCUGUGAUCCACGGGGAAGCUCAGGAUGCCGAGUCUGACAUGGUGGAUGGUCGGCACUCCCCACCCACAGCCAAAUAUGUCGCUGCCAUUCACCCCAGUUUGGAGAUCCCCAUGCUGAUUCCCAAGGAAAAGCCACCCAUCACAGUUGUUGGAGAUGUGGGAGGAAGAAUAGCUAUCAUCGUGGAUGACAUCAUCGAUGAUGUCGACAGCUUCCUGGCUGCAGCCGAGACCCUCAAGGAGAGGGGGGCUUACAAGAUCUUUGUCAUGGCCACCCACGGCCUCUUGUCUUCAGACGCUCCCCGGCUGAUCGAGGAGUCUGCCAUCGAUGAGGUGGUUGUUACAAACACAAUUCCACAUGAAAUACAGAAACUCCAGUGCCCUAAAAUCAAGACUGUGGAUAUCAGCAUGAUCCUCUCGGAAGCCAUUCGCAGGAUCCACAACGGGGAGUCCAUGUCGUACCUUUUCAGGAAUAUAGGACUGGAUGAUUAAUGCUUCUUACUCUAAAGAAACACCCCGGGCCAAACUGGAAGCGAACAGAGAACGAGCUGUGAAGCAUCGUGCUUUACCUUAAUCUUUCCGUUGAGCCACUUCUUGUUUUCUCUUGGUUUAAGUAUGGAGGUAGAACAGUUUUUGAGAGCUUUUUUUUUUUUCUUUGCAGUUUUUUUUUUUUUUUUUGAGGGGGGGUGGGUGGGAAUAAACAUUUUACAAAAAACUGUUCGAGUUGCUUUUAGGUUAGUUGCACUAUACAGGAUGGAAAAAUCCCACAAAACACUUGAGGCAAGAAAUUGGCUUCUAAAUUAAGCAUUCCUUUUCCAAAGCUGCUUGCUACAAGUGCUUUAAAUGAUAACAAACUGAAGUGACUGUAUAAUAUUUGCAUUUUAAAAGCCAAAAAGGUUGUACUGUUGUAUGCAGUUCAGUGAUUUUGUAGGAGUGCUUUUAUAGAAAAGCAUAUGGAAUAUGCACCUGUAUUUAUUUUCUGCAACAAAGAAUAAAGACUUGUUUUGUGUGAGCUUUCUAAAAA